AUUUCCAGUCCGCUCGUUCUACUGAACUGCGACAACGCUUACGCUAUACCAGUAUGGCGAGCGAAACCGCUGCACCUUGAGGGAUGCCUGGCAAUGACCGUCAUCCACCUCGCAGGCCUGAGGUGUCAUCGUUCACCGCGCUGUUGAUCUCGACCACUGAUGGUGAAUCUAGGCCUAUAUGCGUGUCACUUGUCAGAUAUCGGAUGCACCAAGUGAGUGGCUGUUUCGCCGUUCACACAUGUGCCGCCCCUACAUCUCCUUACACCGCAAGGCAUCACCCAGACUCGAUCCGUCUUCGCUGUGUUCCCAUGAUCCCCCUCCAUAAACCUGGGGUCUCCGAUGCUCACUAUUUCUGCCGUCUCCGUCGUCUCAGCACCAGCUUUGUUCCCGCCGGUGGCUGUAAUUCCUGGCUGAAUUCCCAGGCCCCGGCGAAGUAUUACUCCGCCUUGGUAUCCACACUCCCGCCUUCAUCCUCGAUGCCCGCUCUCCCGUAUCCGCUGCCAAUCAAUACACUUCGCUCAUCUGGAAGCAAGACUGCGACAGUCUGGGCUGACGAGCGAUGUCCCAGCUUUCGGACGUUAUGCCGCUCUUCUCGAACGUCACCCGAUGGUACAACGAAUCAUCAGGGCGGUCCUCCGAAGAUCAGGUUUCACAGCCCUCACCCGCUUACCCAGCUAAGUUGAAGCGCGAGACCAACAAGGUAUCUAUUCGAUCGGCUCCCAGAGGACCUUUUGGAACGACCUCCGAUCUUGUCUCCGUCCCGUCCCAAGGCUUAUUGAGAGUCUUAUUGAGAACGGGAUCUUGCGGGCUGGAUCUCGGGACAGCCCUCCCGGAACGAGGUCCGAGAAGGCUCAUCACGAGUCCGACGGAGAGCUACGAUCCCGGC